CUCGAGCUGAAAGCUGUCUCUGCCUCUCUCUUUGCUCCAUUCUCGCUAACAGCCACACCACCGAUCGACUUGGCCAAUUGAUGACCUCGUCGCUGAUGGCGAUGAAUGCGGCGACAUCUCUCGAUCACUCGUCCUCUGCAACAGCGCCACCUCCUUCAUCAUGGCAACCUCUGCCCAAGAUCCAGUAUGGUUUUGCCGUCUGCCCGUUUUCCCUCGAGGCCGACAUCCUCCCGCAGGCACAGCGUCUCCUUGAUGACGCCUCAAGGGCAGCCCUCGAAGCUCAUCUGAUCAGCCUCGAGGUAGGUGAUGAGGUUUAUGUCUUCGAGACAUUGGGCAGCGAAUGGGCGAGGGGCUACGUCGUCUCGUCCGCCGCCCAAUCGAGCUCCAGCGCUGCAGAGCCUCAGGUCUACGUCGGCGUCUUCCCCUUUGCCAACAUUCAUGUGAGGGAAUACCUCGAUGAUGCUGAAAUGCGACUAGCAGAGAUGCAUGCUCGAGCCAAAGAGGCCAAUGCCGGAUCCAGCGGCCUCGUAGGUGGCGGGCCACAGAGCAAUGCACUUCACACCCUUCAAGAGGAAGAGGAUGAGGAUAACGCAGUACCCAACAGUCCAGCUGCCAUGGUAGGACAGAAGGAGAAGUCUUCAACAGCACCUGCACCGCGAACAAGGCCACCACCUCCGCUACCCAGCCUCAAGUGCGGCGAUGAGACAAUCAGUGGGACAGCAGAGCCAUUGGCAGACGAGAUUGCAUGCGCAUUGCGCGAAUGGAGCACCCUCCUCUAUUCAUACCUCCAACGUCGCGAUUAUACCCUCUUUGAUACGGUCAGGCAGCACAUUGAUGUUCUGUACGCUGCUCGCAGGCAGCUUUUGGCUCAGACGCUCGGUGAGGAGGAGCUAGCAAAGCUACGCAAGGAGUGCGUGGCCAGACUCGUCAAGGGCAACGUCGCCCAAGGUCUCGAUGUCAUCGUGCGACACCCGAAUAGAGGUGGUCUGGUCACUCCAGACGAUGGUGGGCGCGGCGAGAAUUGGGUCAGCGGCAUUCGCCUCUACGCCCUUCAAGUCGCAUUAGCCUACGUAGACCAGCAACAGCAGCAGCCACACCAACACGGUGAAGGAGCUUUGUCUGCACCGGCAUCCAACGCCUUCGGCGUCGUCGCCCCAGCCACAAGCCUUGCCGCAGCACCGACGAGCAUUCGUGCAAAGAGGCAGACGCGCCAAAUCUCGAUGUCGUCCCUCCCUUCGUCGUCGAGCGCUGGCUCAAUGAUGAGGAAGUCCGAGGAGCCCUCUUCGGCUCAGCCUGCACCGGCACCAAUCGUCAAAUACUAUCACCUCUUCCUCGAGGUGCGCAACAUCAUAGCCAGCUUCGACGCGCCCGUCGAGCUCUACUUUUCCCUCUACAACAAGCCAGAGGCACGCUUCCUUACAGAAGAGUACUGCGUCGUGCUUGACCAUCGUACCGAACAAGCCAAGCGCAUGACGUGCCUUUUCACCGACAUGAGCGCCAGCGAUAUGCAAGACCUCAACGUCGUCUGCCGCAUCGUUCGUACCGGUCCGCGAGAAGACAGCUCAUUAGCGAUGACGAGCAACUUCCGACGACCUUUCGGGUGUGGCGUACUUUCGUUGGGACAGGAGCAUCAAUUCGAGACGGACGUUAACUCGUCGUCGGUCAAGAAGGAGCACGUCAUGCCCAUCUUUGUUCCCGUCAACGAGGCGGCCUUCAGCACGCUGCAUCAGGACAUCAUCGCAUCGAGGAUACGAGAAUUUGAAAAGUCUCCUCGCGCAGACGUCAUCAAUGUCGACGUCAAGGUCUUACACGGCGACACCCCGUCACUGGUGCGCGAGAACGCCUCACUGUUACGCGACGCCGCUCUCACCGCGCGUCUAGGCUUUCCCGACGUCGUCUUUCCCGGCGACUCCCGCAAUGAGGCAUACAUCAAGCUAUGGUCGGGCGAGUUCUUCCCUUCGGCGGGCAAGAUCCCAGGCGCAUCUUCUGCAAAGAAUGUCCAAGUGUCCAUCGAUGUGCGUACGAGGGACGGUCGAGUGCUUGAGAGAGUCAUCUCGCGGGGCUCAGGAGAGCCACGCAUGACGCAAUUCGACUCGAUGGUCUUCUAUCACCAGAAUGCGCCGACAUGGGGAGAACUCAUCAAGUUAGAGCUGCCCGACGAGGCGUUGGAGCAGUGCCACCUUUUCUUGACGUUCCGUCACCGCAGCUCGAAGGAGGCGACUGGCGCGGCGAUGGAGUCAUCUCCCUUUGCACACGCCUACUUACCCCUCUUUGGACACCACGAAGCCGGCCCGCACUCUGCAUUCAUCCAAGACGGCUCCCACACUCUACUCCUCUGGCGUGGACCAGCGAGUCCCGAGCUCUACUUCUCUCUGCCAGCCACCGUGCCAACGAAUGGCUCCCUCUCCGAUGUUGUGCCUGCCAGCCUCACUACGGUCAUUCAGCCGCUUCGCGACACCAUCAUGCUUCGCUCCUUCCUCGUUUCCACUCGCUACACGCAGAACGACGUCCUGCUGAAGCUCCUGCACUGGGAGCGCAUCGAAGACCACGAGGAACUCAAGAGUGUAUUGACCAAGUUCACCUUCGUCGGCGAAGUCGAGAUUGUCAAAUUCCUGCGUGACAUCUUCGACGCCCUCUUCGCAAUCGUGACGCGUGCCUCCGACUGCGACGAUCUGGUCUUCAAUGCCUUGGUGACGGUGCUCGGCAUCGUGCAGGAUCGACGAUUCAACAACUUCCGAGCCACUCUAGACGUCUACAUCGAACGCCAUUUCCACUCACAGACGGCACACACGCGCUUAAUGGCUUCAAUGUCGCGUCUACUGGCCAACAAUGACGAUGCGGCUGGGUCUGCAACAAGGGCGUCGAUCAAGGUGUGGUCCUACCUCUUCAAGUUCAUCGUGCGAUCGCGCGAACUGCAACGCGACGUAGGGGCUCUGGGCGACCACCUUCAAGCCAAGUUCCGCACAGACCUCGACUCUCUGCUGCGUAGCAUCAACCGCCUCAUGUCAGCAACGAAGCCGCCAUCGAUCGUCGGCACGCAGACGCUAGCUCUGCAGCACUUUGCUGAGAUCCUUCCGGACCUGGCCCGCGUUUACGACAUUGACGAGCUCAUCGGCCUUGAGGCGGCUUUUGCUGACGCCAUCUUCAUAACGAAGGGGCGUCUCGUCGUGUGGAAGCUGCUACACAUCAUUCAAGUCUGUGAAGGCCCGCUGUUUGACCACCCUUCAUCGCGCGCUCAUCUGAUACCCAGCGUCAUAAGGUGGAUCCGUCCGCACUUUGCGCCGGAGAAAGGCAACGAGGCUACCAGUACAGAUGCUGCCCGCAUCACUUGGGUCGAGAGCGCCCGCCUCGCCACUACCGUCUUGGCCAUCAUCCUGGAUCGCCUGCAGACGGCUCUGAGAGAUGCCGCCACGCCAGCUGAAGUCAGACAGGAGCAGGACAACGUUGAUUACGUCCUUUCUAUGAUCCCACGCCUCCUCGAGACCUACAAGGAGCUGCGCAGCGAGGAGACAAUCAAAGCAAUCGAGUGUCAUCGCAGUCCUUCGACGGUGGCGUCCGCUAUCCCGGUCAUUUUCCCUUCAAGCUACCCAUUUGCCAUCAUCGCUGCAUCCCCACCUCACGCGAACGACAGCGCCAGCUCAGACGCCAUCCUGAACUGCGGCUUGGGCGAGAUUGCAGCCAUCCUCACCAUGUUGGUCACUCUGAGCCCGCGCAAGCAUCUCGCUGGCUUCUUAGAGGAGCAGCUCGACCUCGAAGGACCGGAGAAGCUGGCGCACUUCCUUCACGACUUCUUUGCGGUGGCAACGUCAAUCCUGCGCAAUGAAGCAUACCCAUCGAGCUGGCUGAACAUCAACGUUCUUGCUCAUCAAAUGAUACUCAAGAUGGCAGACCCACUGGCCGCGCUCAUGGUGCGCGACUUCAUACCUGCGCCAGACCGAGCAUCGUCCUUCGACACACCGCUGUGGAAAGGGUGCUUGACGAUGCUGCUCACCCUCCUCUGCAGCGAGCAGCUGGUGGUCGAGAACUUCAAACCGCAGAGAAGGCGAGCGGUCUGGCGUUUGGCUGGCGACAUUCGAGGUGAAGGUGCGCGCAUCUUUGCCAAGCUCUGGAACUCGAUCGGCGAUGCACAGGCGGAGCAACAUCAUAUCGGCCCACAGUCCCUCACUACUGGCGGCUUUCAAGUGCAGUUCGUACCGGAUCUUGUAGAGCCUGUUCUGGAGCUCUGCCUCUCUCACCAUGACGAGCUGAGGACAUGUGCGGUGCAAGUCUUGGCUACCAUGAUAACCUCCGAGUGGCACCUCAAUGGCAACUUCUCCGUCAUCGAGGCAGAAAUCAUCGACAAGCUCGAUGUACUCAUGAGAUCACGCGGCGACGAGAUUUCCCGAGCGUUCUUCAUUGGCCAGCUGCGUGCCCUCUUCGAAGGUGCCGACGUUGACGAGAAAUUGCAAGAGCAAGUCUUCUCCUGCCUCGUAUCGGUCAAUCGCUUCCUCGAUCUGCUCCUCAGCGUGCGGGCCCUGCCCCUAGACUCCGGCUUUGAGGACGACCGCAUUGCUGGUACUUUGAAGCUGCUCGGUUUCCUCCGCCAGGCCAACCGCGUCAGCGCUUUCUCAAGCCACGUCUUGAAUCUGGUCAACCUGCACCUCGGCAACCACGACUACAUCGAGGCAGCGCUCACGCUCAAGCUGCACGCUGACCUGCAUACAUGGGAGACAGACAGCUACGUUGAACCCAUCGCUGAGCUAUCCCUACCGCGCCAAUCGACUUUUGCGCGACGCGAGACGCUCUACAUGCUGAUCCUCGACUAUCUGGGCAAGGGUCAGGCAUGGGAGAUUUCCAUAGACAUCUGCCGAGAGCUGGCACAGCAGUACGAGUACCGAGCUGUCGACUAUCUACGAUUGGCAGAAGUGAUGACCUAUCAGGCUUCGCUCUUCCGCAAGAUUGCAGCCACGGAGCGCGUCUUCCCCGCCUACUUUCGUGUGGCCUACUACGGCGGUGGAUGGCCGGCUUCGCUUCAGCAAAAGAUGUUCGUUUACCGCGGCCUGGACUGGGAAAAACUUCCUGUCUUCUGCGAGCGACUCCAGCAAAAGCAUCCUGGGGCCAUUCUCAUCAAGACAGCCGAACCGCCGGACGCCGAAGGCUUGUACCUUCAGGUCACGAUGCUUCAGCCAGAGCCGGACCGCAGCCGCGACGUUUUCGUCAAUCCCGACGUGCCUCCCAACGUGCGCAGCUACUACGAGCACAACGCCACGAGCCUCUUUUCUUUCUCGCGGCCCCUUCGCGGCGGAGACAAUGUGGCGGAGAGAUGGGUCGAGAAGACGUAUUUGCGCUGCGAAGACGCCUUCCCUACGGUGCUGCGUCGAAGCGAAGUCGCCGAGGUUCACGUCGUCGAGAUCUCGCCGCUCGAGAACGCUAUCAAUGACAUUGAGGGUAAGACGGCGGAGCUCAAUAGUUUGGAGAAGAAGUAUGCGCGUGCCAAACCUGGUGUCAACACCAAUCGACUAGCAAUGGCCCUCAAUGGUGCCGUAGAUGCGCCAGUCAAUGGCGGCAUUCCGCUCUACAAGAAGGCUUUUCUCUCGGGCAACGACGUGAUCAAUGGUGACGAGGCAGGCCGCUUGCGCGAAAGCAUCUUCCGUCAAGCGACUGUCAUCUCACGCUGCAUCAAGCUGCACGCGCGUCUCUGUCCACCAGAGAUGAAACCCUUCCAUGAGACAUUGGAGCGCUUCUUUGCGGAGAACUUUGCAGGAGAGGCCCGCGAGCUGACCGAGAAGAAGGCCUUCGACCAACAAAAGGAAGACGAAGAGGCCUCACGGGCUCACCUCGAUGCCGCAGGCAAGAUGACGGCCUCUGCAGCUCCGCUUCGUCCGGCUGCCUACUCCUUGGACUCGAGCAACCGAUUGCAGAGGCGCGAGUACGAUUCGCAUGAAGCUCUGAGCUCUGCGACUAGCCCAUUACAGCGACAUAUUGCUUUGCUUGCCAAGCAGGCCAGUGCAGGUCAGAAGAGCAGCAUCGUCACGGGUGGGGAUGCAUUGCCGUCUGCAGUGGCGGCAAGGGGACCAGCGAUGGACACGGUUUCGCUCGCCUCGACAGCUCGACCCUCAGGAGGUAAUAGCGGCGGCGGCGGUGGAGGAGGAGUUGCAGGCACGCCUGUGCCGCGUGAGCCGCGAGCGUCGACAUCUGCUGGCUCGCCAAUGCAGUCAAACGACGGACACAGCGUCAGGGCAGGAUCGAAGAGCAUCUUCUCGUCGAGCGGGGCUAGCACAUUGGGCGGCUCGUCUGGCGGCAGGCUGAGUCGUUUGAUGAGCGUGAGGAGGAAGGCGUGAUGGCAGAGAGAGGCGAUGGCGGUUGAUGUUCGAUACCCAGUUGAGACACGAGAGUAAUGCUACACUGCGAUGCGAUGUGGU